AUGAGUUGCAGAAAGUUCAGAGCGCCAAGACACGGCUCGCUGCAGUUCAGACCAAAGAGGAGAGCCUCGUCUAUCAGACCAAGCAUUAAAGCAUUUCCAAGGGAUGACUCCACCCAGCCCUGCCAUCUUACAGCCUUUCUUUCAUACAAGGCUGGUAUGACACAUGUUAUACGGUCCAAGGAGGUUAAGAGCAAGACCAAGUCUCAGACCAAGGAGCUCCUUGAAGCUGUUACCAUUCUUGAGACUCCGCCCAUGGUCAUCCACGGUGUUGUAGGCUAUCAAAGGACCAUCGGUGGUCUUAAGAGAACCAAGGUUGUCCUUGCCGAGCACAUGAGCGAGGGAGUGAUCAGAAGAAUGUUCACAAAAAGAUUUGUGCCGGGAAUGAAGUACACUGACCUUAGAAAGACUGUAGGAUUCAGCCAAGACGAUAUUGAGGAACUCAAGAAGACAUCGGAUGUUAUAAGAGUUCUUGCACACUCCCAAGUUUAUAAAAUAAGGCCUAUCCAUCAGAAGAAGGCGCAUAUUGCUGAAAUUCAGGUGAAUGGUGGAUCUAUUUCGGAGAAGGUUGAUUUUGCUAUUGAAAGACUUGAAAGGGAAAUACCCAUUUCCGAGGUAUUCUCCGAGAAUGAGCUGAUUGACACCAUUGGGGUAACCAAGGGUAAGGGGUUCCAGGGUGUUAUUAAGAGAUGGGGAGUCAGGAUACUCCCGCGAAAGACUAACAAGGGCAUUCGUAAAGUGGCCUGUAUUGGUGCGUGGCAUCCCUCAAGAGUUAUGUAUUCGGUAGCUAGGGCAGGUCAGCUUGGUUUCCACAGGAGAACCCAGAUGAAUCUGGCUGUCUAUGCUAUAGGAAACGGAAAUGACCCGGUUGUGACCGACUUUGACCUGACAGUUAAGACCAUCAAUCCCUUGGGUGGCUUUGUUAACUAUGGUAGUGUUAAGAAUGACUAUAUCAUGGUUAAGGGGCCUGUAACAGGUCCGCGUAAAAGAGUAGUGACUCUUAGGAAGUCACUUCUACCCAAGAAGACUACAGAAGAUAUCGUCAUCAAGUUUAUUGACACAUCCUCUAAGAAUGGAAGAGGAAGAUUCCAGACUGCCGAAGAGAAGAGGGCCUUCUAUGGCAUAUCUAAGCCAGAGGUUACAGGUGAUUAUUAA